AGUAAGUAAUUUUAAUUUUACACGUGAUUAUAAUUUUCUCAAUCCUCAUCGGAAAAUCAAGUUGGGGAAAACUGCAGCUCUAAGCUUCGUCGAACAAGGAAUUUGAAAAUGGAUGCACAGGAUUCAGAAGAUUCGAAACAGAGCACUGCAGAUAUGACAGCUUUUGUCCAAAAUCUUCUCCAGCAGAUGCAAUCUAGGUUCCAGACAAUGUCUGAGUCCAUCAUUAUGAAGAUCGAUGAGAUGGGCAGCAGGAUAGAUGAGCUAGAGCAGAGCAUUAAUGAUCUCAGAUCUGAGAUGGGUAUAGAGGGCUCUUCUCCUUCAACUCCUUCCAAGCCGAAGGAUGAACCCAAGGUAGGUGAUGGUUCAUUUUAAGGUUUGUGACUCCAUACAAUUCCGGUUGAAUACUAAAUGGAUUGCUGCCGUCUUUGUGUUUUUGCAUCUGUCAUCUGAAAUACUAAACUUAAGUUUAAAAGCAGAUGACUAUCUAGAGAUUUGUAUUUAAGGCUACUUUUGAGUCUUAUUUUCAGCAAGAAAUUAAAAUAUGUUUUUCUGAUUCACUGCAGAAAUGGCCAGUCAGUAUUAAUUCAUUCAAAACUUAUAUAUUGAAUGUCAGUCUGGAUUUAUAUUUACUUGUAAGUAGAUUUGGUUGAAUCUGAGCGGGUAUUUGCUAUUA